CUCCCCCGGCCUACUUUUUGGAGCAGAGCACCUAGGUUGGUUCCUGGAGCUUCAAGCCAUCUGGCCAGCUGUUAGGGCCCCUCCAGAACAGCCAUGAGGACCCUCACCCUGCUCCUUUGCCUUGCUCAACUCUGGGGUUGCCGCUCUGUCCCCGUUGGGACAGCUCUGGCUUACAGAGAACCCAACUGUGAUGACCCAGAAACAGAGCAAGCAGCCCUGGCAGCUGUGGACUAUAUCAACAAACACGUGCUUCGAGGCUAUAAGCACAUCUUGAACCAGAUUGACAAAGUCAGAGUGUGGCUUCGGCGGCCAAUGGGAGAGGUGUUUGAGCUUGAAAUAGACACGCUGGAAACCACCUGCCACGUCCUGGACCCCACCCCUCUGGCCAACUGCACCGUGAGGCAGCUGACGGAGCACGCCGUGGAAGGGGACUGCGAUUUACGGGUGCUGAAACAGGAUGGCCAGUUUUCCGUGUUGUUUGCAAAAUGUGAUUCCAGUCCAGACUCCGCCGAGGACGUGCACAAGCUGUGUCCAGACUGCCCCUUGCUGGCCCCGCUUAACGACACCAAGGUAGUGCACGCCGUGGACGUCGCGCUGACUGCCUUCAACGCUCAGAGUAAUGGCUCCUAUUUUCAGCUUGUGGAAAUCUCCCGGGCUCAAUUUGUGCCUCUUCCACAGUCUACAUAUGUGGAGUUUGCCGUGGCUGCCACGGACUGUGCUGCUAAAGACGUCACGGAUCCAGCCAAGUGCAACCUGCUAGCAGAGAAGCAAUAUGGGUUCUGUAAGGCAACACUCACGGAGAAGGUUGGUGGGGAAGAUGUGGCUGUGACCUGCACCGUGUUCCAAACCCAGCCUUUGCCCCCACAGCCCCAACCAGGCGAUGCAGUGGCAGAUCCAGCGGUGCCUGCGCCUUCCCCGGCCAACCUGCCAGCAGACCCCCUGCUGGUGGGACCCGUGGUGGUGGCACUUCCUGAGGCACCCCUGCCAGGGCACCGGGCACACUACGACCUGCGGCAUGCCUUCGCUGGUGUGGCUUCCGUGGAGUCCGCCUCAGGAGAAGCAUUCCAUGUGGGGAAAGCGCCCAAGGUGGUGCAGCCCAACGUUGCUGUUGCUGCUGGUCCGUUGGUCCAUCCUUGCCCAGGGAGAAUCAGAUACUUCAAGGUCUAGAUGUAGGUCAGAGAUGAGAAGGUUUGGCCCAGGAACAGAUAGCCGCCAUUUUGUCCAAGUCUGGGUAGGGGGGGGGGGGUUGUUUACUAUCAAAGCAGGUGCUAUACAGGUCCAGACUAAUAUCAAGUCUUCAGUCCCAACUUUUCAUUUUUCAGGGAUAGAAGCAGAGAGGCAAUGUUAGGUCUCCCAGAAGGUACAAGGUUGGCAACUUGAUGGUCAUUGUUUAGAUGCUAAGUCACCACCAUUGUGCUCUCUGCCUUCUUUGACCCCACAAAAACACCUGGAAUGGGACUUUGAAAGGUGCUCUUGCCAACAUCAUAUAUUCUGGUUAAUAAAAGUGACUGAAGGACCUUCCUUAAUAAAGAAGGUUCUAAGCUGAAA